AUGCACUUUCAAGAGAUGUUGAUAUCAUUGCUUCAAGAGAUGCCACAAUCACAGGUAGUCGUUUUGGACAUGCCCCAAUCUUCCUUUGGUAUGCUCUCCAAAAAAAGGGGUUUAACAGGACUUGAGAAUGAAGUGCAUAAAUGUAUAUUUAAAGAACGUUACUUGCUAAAUCAACUACGUGGUGCUGGAAUUGGUGCAAUGUUAAAUGAGUAUAGCAACAUAGUUGUUUUUGAGAGACCUUUAGAUGAUAACUUUACUGGUCGAUGGAAUUUGGCAAGCAAUAAAAAUAUUGCACAUGUGGUAGUGUUGAAGCAUGUUACUACUGAAAUGCUUGACACCUUUAUUCGUGAAUUUGUCCAAAAACGAUAUGUUUGGUAUAAAGGUGGACCAGUUCAGCCUCCGUGCAUUGCAAACGAUGUUGGUUCUAAAAAUUGUGCUUGCUCAAUACACAAAUUAUCAAGAAAGUAUUAG